GACGAAUCGAAAUGGUGUCGCGUACACGGUGCCGAUAAUACUCGUUAGGUUCGUGCGUACGUUAUUAUUUUUCGUGCUCGAUAGUGCCAAAUUGCGAUCAACGUUUAACGUCCAGUCGCUCGGAACGUUUAACGAGAUCUCGCGUAAGAAACUGUCGAACGGAACGUGGCUCGUUGAUCGUAACGCCAACGUUCGGUCCAACGGUCGCGAAAACGACCACGAGAGAAAGAAAAAAAAAAAAAAGGAAGUGCACACUGUUUUGCGUAUGGCUUUUAAAUACCACGGACGAGUAUCUAUCGCCGAUAAUCGUGUACUUUCUGUGAAAAUCUGUCGCUGGCGCGAUGAAAUGAGACGCGUUUUGUCACGUUCCCGUGCGUCGUGAAACCCUGCAGACGAGCUAUGUGCGUUGGUCAGUGCCGCGGGUGAAAUCUAGUUUUCGUUGAAAGACACUGCGAAACGGUGCGCGUGACGACGACGUGAAAUCGGCAGGACCACCAUGGCGGUGAAUCCGCGUGAUAUGGACGGUUUUAUGCCGCUCCUGUCAACGACGGACAUCAAGAAAAAGUUGAACGUUGGCGGUUUACUGCUGAAUUACUUGGGCGACGAGAACAAGAGCAUCGAGUGCCAAGACAUCGGAAUGUUUAUCGACAACAUCAUACCGUGGCUCAGUAACGGCAAUCCAAAGGUUGUCCAGAACGGCUUAGAAAUCCUUACGUUCCUCGCGGAUCGAAUGGGCCAUGAUUUCAAGCAUUAUAUUUCCACCAUUAUCCAACCAACAAUAGAUCGACUCGGUGAUAGUAAAGAUGCGACUCGAGAGAAGGCGCAAAUGGUGCUCCUUAAAAUCAUGGAGAAGGGAUGUAUGACGCCUCAGCAGCUCCUAGACAGAUUACGACCGGCUUUCAAUCACAAGAACGCCAAGUUACGAGAAGAAGCUCUGAUCCUUUUAACCACGACGCUGAACGAGCAUGGCGCGGACGAAAUGAUGCUCUCAGGGGUAAUUCCGAGUAUCGUGAAACUGUUGUCGGACCCAUCCGAAAAAGUACGAGAAACCUCUCUGAACACGCUCGCCGACAUUUACAGACACGUUGGCGAACGAUUGCGCGUGGAUUUGCAGAGAAAGCACAAUGUACCCCAACCAAAAUUGAUGUUGUUGAUAGAGAAAUUCGACCAGCUGAAGGCCGCCGGUGACCUGCUGCCGUUGGCAAUGUCCUCCGAUGUUGGAAAGAGCACGGAUGAGCCGGACAGAGCAAUUAAGUCUGCUCCUGCGAAAAGGUUAGCCAUUCCACCGAAAAGAGGACAGUUUGGACCUGCUAGUAGAACCACAUCUUCCGUUUUAGCUCGACCUGGUAAUACAUCACACACGGUUCCAAGGACACCAACCGUCAAAAGAAACGUGUCAGUAAAAUCGAUACCAGGCCAGGCCGGUGCAGUGGACGAAGAGACGUUUCUCACAGCGUUUGAAGAUGUGCCAUCGGUGACUUUGUUUUCAGCAAAAGACCUGGAGGAACAGAUGAGAGCUAUAAAAGACAGCGUUGGCGAUGAUAAAAAGGAUUGGAAACAAAGGACAGAAAGUAUGAAAAAGUUAAGGUCUAUUAUAAUCGCAGGCGGUAUAAAUUACGAGAAUUUUCUAGAAUGUUUGAAGAAUGUGCAAAGACCUUUUGAGGUGGCUUGCAGCGAUCUCAGAUCACAAGUUGUUAGAGAGGCGUGCAUCACUCUGGCAUUUCUUAGCCAACAUUUGAAAAAUAAAUUCGCCAGUUUUGGAGAGGCGGUCUUACUCACACUAAUGAACCUCAUACAAAAUAGUGCCAAGGUUGUAGCGACUGCCGGCGCUGUGGCUGUGAGGUUUAUUCUUCAAAAUACACAUUGCAGCCGUUACGUGCCAAUUAUCGCAUCGUGUUUAAAUAACAAGAGCAAAGACAUACGACGCGCUUCGUGCGAAUAUCUAAAUCUAAUUUUACAAACGUGGCCUACCCAAAUAUUGCAGAAACAUGUCCAGAUAUUGCAAGACACGAUUAAAAAGGGCAUUGCGGAUUCGGACUCGGAAGCAAGAGCCUUCGCUAGGAAAUCAUAUUGGGCAUUCAAAGAUCAUUUCACCGAGCAAGCAGAAACGUUACUCAACAGUCUUGAUACCGCAUACAAACGUUCGUUGAUGUCAUUUAGCAAUAGUGGUAGUAUUAACAGUUUAAACGUAGUGACGAGAUCGGCGAGCAUCAGUCCGAGAACAUCCAGACCAGUAAUGAGCGCUACAGGUAGUACGGAAAAUUUGCAUCAGACUUCGGGUCAACCACAUGGCCCGCUCAGACGUACUCCGUCCUUGCCACGGUCUUAUCGCCAGUCUGGUAUUCCAGUUCUACAAAGAUCCACUGAUUAUCAUUAUCGUGCAACACCAGGUGUUAGGUCUACCAGUGCUAUAGAUUUACAAGCCGCGCAAAGGGCGAAAGCAAGGAUGAUGUAUGCAAAUAUCAACAGACAAAAAGCUUCUCCUCCACGUCCCAGUAAAUCCCCAGAUGCUACAACGGUUGCUAGUCCAGAGAGAAUCCCAAGAACACGAACGAGAAUGGCUGGAGUAUCGCAAUCCCAGCCCAGCAGUCGGUCGGGAUCACCGUCGUCUAGGUUAAGUUACGCGACGUAUAAUCGCGAAGGUGAAUCGUUAAUUGCGAGACCAAGACGAUUAUCUGGACACGGAAUCAGAAGCACUGGCAACAGUCGUGAACCCAGUCCGCAAAGAUUCGGAAUGGACAGGAGUUUUGCUAGCAAAAUACGCGGAAGAAAUUUGCAUAUGUCUCCUACGGACAGACCUCAGUCCAGACCGGUCAUGGCACAAAAGAUGCUGCAACAAUCUCGCGAGGCGGAAUCUGCAUUAGCCGAUGCGCUCACAUUUGAUAAUAUCGAUAGUUACACGAGAACGCCAAGAGUGAAAGGUGAUCACAGCGACGACAGUGAAACCAGCAGUAUAUGUUCGGAGCGAAGCAUGGACAGCUUUAGGCGACCAAAUGACUCGUUCUCAUGGAGUGGCUCUCAACAAAGACUGUAUCGUGAUAUGUGGGAUCAAUCAAUCCCGAAGGACAUUAAGGAAAUUAUCGAGAAUUGUUCGCAUAAACAUUGGGGCGAUAGGAAAGAAGGCUUGGUCGGACUGCAGCAUUUUCUUUCUAAUGGAAAUACGCUUACAGCAACAGAAUUACGUAAAGUGACUGAUAUUUUCACCAAAAUGUUCAUGGACUCUCACACGAAAGUUUUCAGUCUAUUUCUGGAUACGUUGAACGAAUUGGUAACCACUCACAGCGAAGAUCUUGGCGAUUGGCUUUACGUAUUGUGCGCAAGGCUAAUGAACAAAUUAGGUACAGAUUUACUUGGUUCGAUACAAGCAAAGAUUCACAAGACACUCGAUGUUGUCAGAGAAUGUUUCCCAGGAGAACAGCUUCUGCCUGCGAUGAUGAGGUAUUUAACGGAUCCAACGCAAACGCCAAAUUCUCGUGUAAAAGUAGCCACGCUUACGUUUAUUACGCAGAUCACAGAAACGGCAGAGCCUUCUGCGCUUAAUAAUUCUGCUGGAUCGGCGCUGGCAAGGUUACUGGAUUGGUCUAACGACGUUAAAAGCCAAGACGUUAGAAGGCAUGCGCAAAACGCUGUCAUAUCGUUAUACAAUUUAAAUCCUCCGAAAGUGACAAUGAUAUUGGCCGAGUUACCGAAGUAUUAUCAAGAGGCAGCGUUGCCAUUGGUGCAAAAUCACCUGAGGAAGUCCUCCGGUUCGAGUAAUCCAGCAUCACCCGGUACACCUCCACCCAGGGCGCAGAGUUCACCAGCUCGUUCGAAAGCCAAAGGUGACAUUGACAAUACGGAUGAGAACUUGGAGGAAGUUUACAAUGCUUCCUACAGAUCUCUGAGACGCACGACGGCAGAAAUACAGAAUUAUGGUUUCGAGCGUUUGGAAAGAGCCACUACCAGCAAAGACAGCGGAAUCAGCAAUAUGGCCGACGUAGAAGAGAAAAUGGAAGGUCUCACAUUGUGUAAUUCGGGUCGUUCGUCUUCCGUUUCGUCGCCUACCCAAAGAGGGCGAUCGGUUACGAACAUUACGGUGAACGGUUCAACCGAUACGAUUGCUGGAGAUCUAAUAUUACCUCAAGAAAAUAACGGUUACAAGACGCAUGGAUCUUCGCCCGAUUCGACGAAGAGACAAGAAAGUUUAGAGUAUAUGAUUGAAACAUUACAAUCGAAGAAGACGCAAACAGAAGAAAAGGUAUCAGCAUUGCAAGAGUUUCAGCAAUAUGUCCGCGAAGGAGACGCCUCGUAUAUCAAACAAAAUUUCAAGAAACUGCUCAAAACGUUAUUUGAUAGUCUAACCAACGAUAGCAAGAAAAUGCAAGUGGAGGUACUGCAAACGUUAAUUGAUAUGCUUAAGUGUCCAGAACUUGUAGAUAGUUUUUCCGUUUACCCCGAGCUGCUCGUUCUAAAAGUAAUCAACGCUUACAAAUUGGAUGACCAGAAACAAGAUUCUUCCAGCGGCAGCAGCAACUCGAGAUCUUCAAUCCUCUGGAUAGCCGAAAAAUGUGCGGCAACAAUAGCGAUGGUCCUGAAACCGGAGCAAAUAAUUCAUUUAGUGUCGACUAUAAUAACUACCGAACCGUAUCCUCUGAACAUGGGGGCGAUAAAAAUGUUGCACAAAGUAGUGGAACAUUGGGGUCGGGAUGCCAUAGAGCCUCAUCUGUCUAAAGUUAUGCCUGGUCUCAUCAAGGCUUACGACGAUCAAGAAAGUGCUGUCCGUAAAAGUGCCGUUUUCUGCAUGGUAGCGAUACAUUUGGCGGUUGGCGAGGAAGUGUUGAAGCCUCACCUCAGCUGUUUGUACACCAGCAAAUUGAAGCUUUUAAAUAUUUAUAUACAACGCGCUCAACAGGCGAACAGUCAACCGGCGAGUCCGCGUAGCAAUAGUAAAAAUUAACUAACAUCAAACUCCGCGACGCUUAGGAUCGCGAUACUUAAGAGGUUUGCACGUCUAAGCGCAAGGCAUGAACGAAUGCUGUUCAGUUUCUUGAGUAAAUCGAAUCCGUGACGACCAUAUGGAACCCCGGAUACACGAUGUACACGUCGAAGGUUUUCGACGCAGGUGGGACUGAUCUGUACGGCUACGCGGCAAAGGUGUGCGCGCGCGCGCGCGCGUGUGUGCGACAUAGCUGAGAACUCCUUGGACAGUGAUGUUGCACAAAUAUAGCUAGUGUACAAGAUUACGGACAUUGUUUUGUUUGCCAAAAAUUUAUACCUGUUGCAAUGUAAGAGUUAAAAGAUUUUUUUUUUAAUGGUUUUUGUAUUCAGUCAAUUUCAUCGUGAAUCACUUUAGGGUAUAAGAUUUUUUACUUGAGAUACGUAUAUAUGUAUUUUAUUGGCACACUGGUGGAGAAAAUGAUAUACGCGCCUGAACUACUAACCUCGAUGUAUAAAAAAAUUUAAUAAAUUCUUCGAUCUGUUCGUUAUUUAUAAAAAAAUUAAAUUUAGCGUUGAUAAAAUGAUGAGGCACUUUUAAUCAAAUGAAUGGACCGUCCUUCACGUUAUAACAAUUGAAUGAUUCUUCUUAGUAAACUUUUAUACGGGGAUUUGAUAUAAUUUCUUUACUUGGACACUUCGAUAUUCUUCAUUAGACUAAUUUAGAUGCCUUAACAUUUUGUCCACCAGUGUACCGGUUACAUCUUGGUAUUAAAUUGCAGUGUUAUGUCUUGA